UCUAUAAAUUUCGGUGUUGUGACUGCACACAAGGAGCUGCAAGUCUUCGAGGCUCAACCUCUUCUUCUUCUUCUUCCUGCAGCUCCUCCCAUGGCGUCUCUCCUCGUCCUCGCCCUCGCCGCCACGGCUCUCAUGGUGGUUCAACCUGGCCGGCAGAUGACCGUCGUCUUUGCUGCUCGGACGUCGGCGGCGGCCGAGGCGUUCUGGCGCGCCGCCAUGCCCGGCGCUUCCAUGCCGGACGCCAUCCUCGAGCUCCUGCACCAUGAGCACGACGUUCGUAGCGGCGGCGGCAAGGCCAAGAACGCCGGCGACGGCCCACCGCCGGCGCCGCCGAUGAACUUCAACUACGACGACUACAGGGCCUUGCCUCGCGGCGAAGCCGCGCCGUCGUCGCCAGGUGUAUUGAACCGCGUCGCCGUACAGAGCGCCGACGACGAGGACGUGCCCUCGCCGUCGUCGCCGACGGUGUACUUCCUCGAGGACGCCGUGCGCGUCGGCGAGAGCCUACCCCUGCCUCGAGCGGCGGACACCACAGCCGCCGCCGGCGGCGGCGGCGGCGGCGCGGCGACAGCGUUGCCGCCGCCACUGCGCUUGCACACCGUCCGCUCCGUGAGGGCCGUCGAGGGAUCCAGCUUCGUCGUGUGCCGCGGCGAGGCGGCGGCGUCCGUGUACGGCUGCCGCGCUGCCACCACCGCCACCGGCGGCGGCCCCGCGAGGGCGUACGCGGUGGAGGCGGCCGGCGGCGGCGAGGGCGGGGACGCGGCGAUGAUCACCGCGGCCGCCGUCGUGUGCCACACCGACACGUCCCGGUGGGACCCUGACCACGCCGCGUUCCGGCUGCUCGGCGUGAGGCCCGGUGGCGCCGCCGUCUGCCGCGCCGUCGCCGGCGCGCACAUCCUCUCGGCCAUGAACGCGGCAAAGAUCGAUUCCUUCGCGCCAUGAGGACUCCAACAUAUAAUGUGUUACGUACUUUAAUUCUACGUGUGAAUUGAAGCCACUGAAGCGUGUGUGUUAGUAGUCACAGAUGUGAUGUUUGUUCGAGUUUAGGGGUGGUGUUGAUCGUCGAAAUAAAGAGAACUUUCGUGUUUGUUCACAUGCA